UGUUUGGAUGGAGAGUGAAGUAGCAUGGAGCGGUUCCAUCCACAAUAUACGGUUGUUUGGUUAGGGAGCAGCCGGAGCGGAGCGGUUCCAACAAGCGAAUAUGCUCCAAAGAUGCUGGACCGCGAGAGACCUCCAAAAUGAGCGGACCGAGCGGCUCCGUCCCGAGCGCGCUCGCGUGAUUUCUCCCGCGCGUCUGUGCCUUCUCCCGCGCGCUGUUCCCGCGCAACGUCUCCUCCCGCGCCGCCACAGGUCUUCUGCGCCUUCAUUUUGGUCCAAGAACUUUACACAGGAACGCAAGCUUGAUCCAAUGGAGGGAGAGGGGAAAGGUGGUGCUGUUUGGACAGCAAGCCAAUCCAACUUUAUGCAGGUUUUCCUUGCCAAUCUUGUAGUGGAUGGCAUCAAAACAAGCACCGGUGGUUUCAAGAGGGUUCACCUCAAUGCUUGUGCUAAAGCUUUGAAUGAGCAUUUCAAACUUAAUAGGACUGCUGAGCAAAUUUCUAACCACUUGAAGACAGUGAAGAAGAAGUACGUUAGGAUUAAUCAACUUAGGGCUGAAAGUGGGUCUGGUUGGGAUGAAGAUUUAUUUAUGGUUACAAUGGACCAUGAGCAGUACACAACCCACUUUGCGAAUGACAAGAACAAGGGGGAUGAUGAGUACAUCAACAAACCAUUACCUUACUAUGGCAAUUUAGCAACAAUAUAUGGUAAUAGUACAACAACAGGAAGGUUUGUGAAGACCUCAAAUGACCCUCUUGGAGUAGAUGAGUUGAAUACCCAAAAAGAAAUGGAGAACAUUGGGACACCAACUAAUGGUUUGAAUGACAAGGAAGGCAGCCCACCUAAGAGGGACGAAGGAGGACCUAGUAGACCAUCCAAGAGAGCUAAGAAGGAUGAAUGUGGAGCAGAUCCUUUGGUUCAAGCCUUUCAAAGUGGUGCUGAAACUAUAGCUAAUGCUAUUGAAAAGGCUGCAGCAAGUAAAGGUUUGCCAAACGGAUUGUUUGAAGCGGUGGACAGCCUUCCGAGAUUUGAGCUUGAGCACAAGUCUAGGUACUACUCUCAUAUGCUUGGUGAUCCUAAUCUUGCAAAUGGUUUCAUGAAUGUGUCCGUGCUUUACAAGAUCACAAUGAUGACCGAUUUCAUGAACAAGAAUAUGUAGGCUUCCUAGGUACUUAAGUAGACCUAGUUGGAUGAUUCUAUUGAGUAGUCAUGGACUCUUGUGGUAUGGAUGAUUUUGAGACAUGCAUUUGUAUCCAUGAACAAAGCUCUUUGGAUAUUCUUGCAUGUCAUGGUGGUUGUAUUUUGGGAUGGUGAUUGAUGCCAUAUUGAACUGGGAAUCACACUAUAUUGGACUGCUCAUAUGUUGAGUAUUUUGUGCUGAAUGUGGCUGCUCAUAUGUAACCGCAUUGUUGAGAACAUUGUGAUGGUAAUGAGUUGUUGUAUGUUGAUCAUAGUGUGUUACAAUUUGAAAUUAUACUCUAGUUCCACUCUUGAACCAAACAAAGAAUGGAGCCGAUCCGUUCUACUUCACUCCGGAACCAAACAAAAAAUA